AUAAAAUUUAUGCAUUUAAAAAAUUUACCACAGACCAAAUGUUUCUUACGAAACUUUAAAAAUAUUCAUUAUCCAAGUAAUGAUGUAGGCAACGAUAAAAUUAUUGUGUCAGGAAUACAGCCUACUGGUAAUUUUCAUAUUGGAAAUUAUUUUGGAGCCAUAAAUUCAUGGGUUAAAAUACAAAAUAAUUAUUGUAAUAAAAAAAAUAUAUACUAUUUUAUUGCCGACUUACAUGCCAUUACUAAAUAUCAAGAUCCAUCAAAACUUAAAUUUAAUAUAUGCAAGUCAAUUGCAACAUUGUUAGCAUGUGGUAUAGACCCUGAUAAAGUCAUUCUUUUCCAGCAAUCUAAUGUUAAAGAACAUGCCGAAUUAUGUUGGAUAUUAAGUUGCUUCACCACUUUAGCUAAGUUGAAUUAUAUGCCUGUUUGGAAAGAAAAAGGGGAAGAUAGCUAUGACAAUGAAGAGGUUAAAAAAGGCGGUACAUCUUUGAGCUUAUUUUCAUAUCCGGUAUUACAGGCCGCUGAUAUUUUGCUUUAUAAAGCAACCCACGUACCCAUAGGAGAAGAUCAAUUGUGGCAUUUGCACUUGACUCAACAUCUAGUUCAAAAAUUCAAUAAUAUAUACAAGAAAGACUAUUUCACCGUGCCCAAACCUUUACUAGGUAAAAUUACCAGGGUGAAAGCCUUGAGGAACCCGGUUCUUAAAAUGAGUAAAUCGGAUUCUAACAUUAACAACCGAAUAGAACUACUCGACGAACCUGACGAGAUUAGACGCAAGAUAAACAAGGCGUUUACUGAUUCGAAUAUACCAUCUGGCAGUCUCGUUUUCUCUUACCCUUAUCAUAAAGAUCAAAGUAAAAGCCCCGAAAUUACAGGUUUACAAAACUUAUUCAACAUUUACACAACGCUAAAAUUUCCCGAUCAUAAUUUCGAAAUAUCAAACAUGGAAUCCACGGAAAUCACAUUUGACUCAGUGAAACAUAUGAAGGAAGAGAUAUCCCAUUUAUUGAUCAAAGAAUUAUUGCCAAUCAGGACUAAAAUAUUGGACUUAUUACCACAUGAUCCAGAAAAUAACAAAAUCAUGGAUGACAAAAAAUUUAUGAAUUUAUGUGACAUUAUAAAUGAGGGGUCUGAACUAGCUAAAGUUGUUGCUAGUAGAAAUCUUGUUGAAAUUAAAAAUUUAAUAGGAUUUCUCUAAAUAUAUCCA